AUACACCCCUGAAGUCCCCUAGCCCUCCAAUCAAGUCGAGUCAAGCCCGUGAUUGUCUUCAGUCCAGUUGGUAUAUAUCGAAAUCGGCACUGCGUCAUUUGCUUAUAUUGGGAACCCGACAUCCCCCGCUCGCCCUUUUUGUCUUAAGCUGCGGCUUUUUCCCCUCGCAUCGUGAGUUGGUCCCUGAGCUACAUCCAUAUAAAAUACCCGUUGCUCCCCCGAGUAAUAUCACCACUUCUACCACUUCCAACCACACAAAUCCCCAUACAAAGACCACAAUGGCUCCUUCAGCACUCCACUUCGGUGCCGGUAACAUCGGCCGUGGCUUCAUCGGCGCCCUCCUCUCGGACUCCGGCUAUCAUGUCACAUUUGCCGACGUGAUGGAUAAGUUGAUCAAUGCAUUGAACGAGCACAAGGGCUACACCAUCACGAUCCUCGAUGUCGCUCCCGAAGAGCCCACAAAGGAUAUCAAGAACGUCUCCGGCGUGAUGUCCAACAACCCGACCGAGCUGACCAAAGCCAUUGUCGACGCCGAGAUCAUCACCACGGCCGUAGGACCCAACGUCCUCCGCAUCAUCGCCCGAUCCCUCGCUGCGGGCAUCGUCGAGCGUCGCAAGGCGGGAAAGACAUAUCUCAACAUCAUCGCGUGUGAGAACAUGACCGGUGGCUCUCGCCACCUCGGCGACGAGAUCGCCAAGCACAUCGCCGACUCCGAGGACAAGGCCUACUUUGAGGAAUACGUCGGCUUCCCCAACUGCGCCGUAGACCGCAUCGUCCCUCCCUUCGACCCUGGCGCGACCGGCAACGUCCUCUCCGUCGGCGUAGAAGCCUUCUACGAGUGGAUCGUCGAGGAGCCCGCCUUCAAGGGCCCCCGUCCCCACAUCGAGGGCAUGAAGCUCACCGACAACCUCGUCGCCUACGUCCAGCGCAAGCUCUUCACUCUCAACUGCGGCCACGCAACAACCGCCUACCUCGGCUACCUCAAGGGCUACGCCACCGUCGACGAGUCGCUCAAGGACUCGGAGAUCGAGAAGAUCGUGCACGACGCCAUGGUCGAGUCCGGCCAGGCACUGUGCAAGAAGCACGGCUUCGACUUUGAGGAGCACAAGAAGUACAUCGAGAAGAUCAUGAACCGCUUCCGCAACCCCUACAUCAAGGACGACGUUGCGCGUGUCGGCCGCGAGCCCCUCCGAAAGCUUGGCCCCGCCGACCGCCUCGUCGGCCCAACAAAGAUGGCGGUCGAAUACGGCCUCCCCCAUGCCAACCUCAUCAAGGGUAUCGCCGCGUGUCUCAUGUACGAUAACCCCGAGGAUAAGCAGUCGGUCGAGGUGCAGACCGCCAUCCGCGAGAAGGGUCUCGCACACGUGUGUGAAGAUGUGCUCGGCUUCGCGCCGGAUAGUACCGAGACGAAGCUGGUGCUGCAGGAUUAUGAGGAGCUGAAGGCUUCGAGUGCGAAGCAUUAAAGCAACACAGCUGCUGCUGCUGCUGCUUGGGAAUAGGGUUCGGAGUAAUGGGUUUCUUUCUUUUGGACAUGGGGUUUCAUUUUUGUUUUUAGGCUGGCAACUUUGGGCAUUCUCGUUUUUUGG